AACUAAUGUAAUAAUUCUAGAUAUUUCAAUUAUUUUAUUUUUUUUUUGUAUUUUAUUAGUUAUGUUAAGUGUUGAAAGUUUUAUAUGCUUUUCAUCUAAAACUUUUUUAUUAUCUUUUUUUCUACAGUUAUGGAAAUACGUAUUGCUUCUAAAGUUCCUAAGACAUAUUCUAAUCUAUCUAAUACGUUAUAUAAUUAAUUAAUUUUUUAUCUUUAAAAUUAGUUUUAAAUGCACUGUCUGAAAAUGAAGUUCUACUUCAAACUAUUUCUGCAAUUUAUGUUUCGUCUACAAAACCUGCUUUUAGAACCUACUCUAACUGUUAGUACACUUAUAAUAAUAUUAUUUGUGUUAUAUACUUUAAUUUUAUAGUUAAUAUGCAUGAUAAAAAGUUAUUGUGUGUAAUAUAUUUUGUCUUAUCAAAUAGUAUUAUUAUUAUUUAUUGUUACAGCAUCUAAAAAUUUAAUUUUACUGAAUGCAUCAUUACCUCUUGAAAAUAAGUUAGCAUCGAAUGAAACGUUAUCUUCUGUAAAUGAAAUGAUUUCUAUUAAUGAUACCUGUAAAAUCAAAAACAUUGCUUUAUCUUCGAAAACUGUUAAGCCUGAUUAUAAAUCUUCCUUACCAUCUUUAAUAAAAAACGUUCGUAUGCAAUCAGAUUUCCAUGUUACUGCUAUUCUUAAAACUCUAGUGGACAGACAAGAAGAAACAAAUGGUAAAAUAGAUAACGUAAUUUUGAUGCUUAAUAGAAUAUAUCGCAAAUUAGUCCCAGAGGAGGAAAAAGUUAGAAGGCCGAAAAAUCUUCCUACCCUUCCCUUGAGUGACAAAGACGUAUUUUCAGAAAUGCAAACAUUCUUGAUAUCUGAAGACAACUUUUAUCCUAUAGUAGAUUAUAUUGUUAAAUUAAUGAAGGCUGACGGCCAAACUGAUUAUUACCAAAAUUAAUAUCAAAUUCUUUAGCUCGAAUGAUCAGUUACUCGGGAUCAGGUUAUAAAUUAAAAUUUGAAAACACAAAACUUCAUGAAACAAUUUCCUGUGCUGUUUUGAAUGCAUUCCCACAAAGCAAUUUAACCAAAAUGGAUAAGAAAAUAUCACGAUGGUUAUAUACUAGCAAUCAGCGAAAACUUAGUGUUUAAGUUAAUGUUGAGCUCAUUUAUUACUUGCUAAGAUAAAAAUAUCUAAGUAUUUAAAAUAACAUAAAAAGGUAAAGUUUUUUUGUUUUAUUUCAAGAUCUUAUUUAGGGCUGAUUGUUCCAACUUUUUGGUAAAUUUAUAUAUUAGAUAAAU